AUGGCAGACAAACCACGCAAAUCAGUCGCCUUUGCCGACGGCGGAGACGAUGUCGAUGCCACCGAAGUCGCCAAUGGCGAGAAGGACACCACCGAGGCACAGGGCGAGACUGGCGCUACCGGCGACAAGGAGGUCGACGAAGUCACAGCCAUGUUCGAGGGACUUGCUAAGAAAAAGAAGAAGAAGUCGGUGAAGAAGGAGGGUGAUGAGGAAGAGGCUGUGGCCGACGACGGAGAGGUCGACCUCUCAGCCCUCAAAAAGAAGAAGAAGAAGAAGGCGAAGACCACAGAGGAUGAUUUCGAGAAGCAGCUUGCAGAGGCCGGUGUUGCGGACGACAAGGAUGGCGAGGAAGGCAAAGACGAAGAGGAGGCGGUGACGGGCGUGCAAGACGGCGAUGUUCACGGCGGCACCGGCAUCUGGGCACAUGAUGAGGUUAAGAACUACAAUUAUGAGAGCCUACUGUCCCGAUUCUUCCUGCUUCUUCACGAUUCACAUCCUGAUCUGGCCAGCUCAGGAGGCAAGAGCUACAAGAUCCCUCCUCCGCAAUGCCUGCGUGAAGGAAACAAGAAGACCAUCUUUGCGAACAUUGCCGACAUUUGCAAGAGGAUGAAGCGGACGGACGAGCACGUCACUUCCUUCUUGUUCGCCGAAUUGGGUACCAGCGGUUCCGUCGACGGAAGCAGACGACUGGUCAUCAAGGGUCGUUUCCAACAGAAGCAGAUCGAAAACGUGUUGAGACGAUACAUUGUCGAAUAUGUCACAUGCAAAACUUGCCGUUCUCCCGACACCGAGCUCAACAAGGGAGAAAACCGUCUUUACUUCGUCACCUGCAACUCAUGCGGUUCUCGUCGUUCGGUCACAGCGAUCAAGACUGGUUUCUCUGCCCAAGUUGGCAAGCGUAAAAGAAUCCAGGGUUAA